GGGCGGAGCCUGCAGCGGGCGGCGCUGUCCCCGGGCUCCCGGCCGCGGUGGCCGCCGCGGAGGGCAGCUGGAGAGAGCGGGCGCAGAGAAGAGUACCCUCCGUGCCCAGAUGCCAGAGUAGCUAUCCUGUCCCCGCCCCCUAGCCCGGGGACAGUCAAGGGAAGAGCAAUGGAGAUGUGGCUGGGCAGGCUCUGGCUGUGUGUAAUGCCGCUUCUGCCUCUUCUUCGGCUCUGCCAGCAUCAGGAGCUGUUUGGACCUUCUCUUCAGACACCAUCAGAGGAGGGCCAGGCCCCUGAGGGUCUCUGGGGACAUUGGGGCCGGUGGGCCCCCUGCUCCCAGCCUUGUGGGGUGGGUGUGCAGCGAAGGAGCCGAACAUGUGAACUGCACCCAAGCCUGUCCCUCCCUCCCCGGCCCCCAAGACAUCCAGAAGCCCUCCGGCCCAGACCCCAGACUCCCCGGGACCCCCAGUCCCUGUACAGGCCGCAGCCUCGGGGAAGGGGUGGCCCUCUUCAAGGUCCUGCUUCCCAACUGGGGAGAGAGAAGCCCCAAGGGACUCAAGGGGCCCAGAGGUCCCGGGUUCGAGACCCUAUCAAGCCAGGGAUGUUUGGUUAUGGGAGAGUGCCUUUUGCCUUGCCGCUGCACCGGAGCCGCAGGCACCCCCGUAGACCCGAGCAACCCAAGAACUCUUCUACAGGGGCUGAGACCCUUCCAUCCCAGCCUCCAAGCUCAGAGCCGGCCUCGGAAAGCCACAGCGCUCAGAUGCGGCUUCCUGAGCUGCAUACCGACCCCCUCUCUCCCCCAGCUGAAACCCCAAGGCCUGGAGGUGCUCAGACGGAGGUGCCCCCCAGAAGCAGUCCUGUUCCCUCUGACACAGAGAUCCCCUCACCCACAUCCUCCUCUGGAGACAGUAGGUCUUUCCAGGGGUCUCCUGGGCGGCGAAUGCCAACCUCCCACCGUUGGGACAGUCCCCAGGGAGCAGGGCGACGCCCACGCCCUCAUCCUUUACCUUCUGUCCCUCGGAGCAGAGGCCAGCAGAGCAGGGGGCACUGGAGACCCCCAGGGAGUUCUCACAGGUCCCCAGAUGGCUGGCUGCCUCUGACAAGAGACUCCAGCCCCCUCUGGAGCCUUUUUGCUCCCAGUAUCCCUGUUCCAAAGUGUUCUGGGGAAAGUGAGCAGAUGAGAGCCUGCAGCCAAGAGCCUUGCCCCCCUGAGCAGCCAGACCCCAGGGCCCUGCAGUGUGCCGCCUUUGACUCCCAGGAAUUCAUGGGCCAGCUGUACCAGUGGGAACCCUUCACUGAAGUUCAGGGUUCCCAGCGCUGUGAACUGAACUGCCGUCCCCGUGGCUUCCGGUUCUAUGUCCGUCACACCGAAAAGGUCCAGGAUGGGACCCUGUGUCAGCCUGGAUCCCUAGACAUUUGUGUGGCAGGGCGCUGCCUGAGCCCGGGCUGUGAUGGCAUCCUUGGCUCGGGCAGGCGUCCAGAUGGUUGUGGGGUCUGUGGCGGUGAUGGCUCUACCUGUCAGCUCGUUUCGGGGAACCUCACUGACCGAGGGGGCCCCUUGGGCUAUCAGAAGAUACUGUGGAUCCCUGCGGGAGCUUCCCAUCUUCAGAUUUCCCAGCUCCGACCCAGUUCCAAUUACCUCGCACUUCGAGGGCCUGGGGGCCGCUCCAUUAUCAACGGAAACUGGGCUGUGGAUCCCCCAGGGUCCUAUUCGGCCAUCGGGACUGUCUUCCAGUAUAACCGUCCUCCUCGGGAGGAAGGCAAGGGGGAGAGCAUGUCAGCCGAAGGCCCUACCACCGAGCCUGUGGAUGUCUAUAUGAUCUUUCAAGAGGACAAUCCCGGUGUCUUUUACCAGUAUGUCAUCUCUUCCCCUCCUGCGGUCCUAGAGAGUCCCUCCACGAAGUCUCCAGUCCUUCAACUUCAGCCUGAGAUGCUGAGGGGGGAGCCCCUACUUGCUUCAGCUCCCCGCCCAGUUCGGGCACCAGGUACCCUCCAGCGCCAGGUUCGAAUCCCCCAAGUGCCCGCUCUGACUCAUGCCAGGACAUCCCUGGGGACUGCAGCUGGAUACUGGAAGCAAGUGGGGCACUCUGAAUGUUCAGCAUCCUGCGGCAAAGGUGUCUGGCGCCCCCUUUUCCUCUGCAUUUCCCGUGAGUCGGGAGAGGAGCUGGAUGAACAGAGCUGUGCCCUGGGUGCCAGACCCCCAGCUUCCCCUGAACCCUGCCAUGGGCCCCCGUGUCCCCCAUACUGGGAGGCUGGUGAGUGGACGUCUUGCAGCCGAUCCUGCGGCCCUGGCACCCAGCACCGCCAGCUGCUCUGCAGACAAGAAUUUGGAGGCGGUGGCUCCUCUGUGCCCCCAGAGCGUUGCGGACAUCUGCCCCGGCCCAACAUCACUCAGCCUUGUCAGCUGCACCUCUGUGGCCACUGGGAGAUUAGCUCCCCCUGGAGCCAGUGCUCUGUGCGAUGUGGCCGUGGUCAGAGAAGCCGGCAAGUUCGGUGCGUUGGAAGCAAUGGUGAUGAAGUGAGCAAGCAGGAGUGUGCUUCAGGGCCCCCUCCACCCCCCACCAGAGAGGCCUGUGACAUGGGACCCUGUACCACAGCCUGGUUCUACAGUGACUGGGGUUCCAAGUGCUCAGCCGAGUGCGGGACAGGAAUCCAGAGGCGCUCCGUGGUCUGCCUGAGGAGUGGGGAGGCCGUCCAGGGGGACCAGGAAGCAGAAGCAGGAAGCAUGGAGCAGGGCUGUCCUCUCAGAAGCCGGCCUCCUGACAUGCGUGCCUGCAGCUUGGGGCCCUGUGAGAGGACAUGGCGCUGGUACACAGGGCCCUGGAGUGAGUGUUCCUCAGAGUGUGGGGCUGGCACACAGCACAGAGACAUCAUCUGUGUGUCCAAACUAGGAGCUGAGUUCAAUGUGACUUUCCCCAGUAACUGUUCCCACCUACCCAGGCCCCCGGCCCUGCAGCCCUGUCAGGGGCAGGCCUGUGAAGACCGAUGGUUUUCUACUCUCUGGAGUCCGUGUUCUCGCUCCUGCCAGGGAGGCAUGCAGACAAGGGAAGUCCAGUGCCUGAGUGCCAACCAGACUCUCGGCACCCGAUGCCCUCCUCACCUGAGACCUUCCAGGAAGCGGUCCUGUAACAGCCAACCCUGCAACCAGCGCCCUGAUGACCAAUGCCAGGACAGCUCUCCACAUUGCCCCCUGGUGGUACAGGCCCGGCUCUGCGUCUACCCCUACUACACAGCUACCUGCUGCCGCUCUUGUGCGCACGUCCUGGAGCGGUCCCAGCUGGAGCCUGCUUGAAAUGGGUCCAAGAGGUCCUUUCUUCAGCCACCACUGGCCAGCCACUGACUAGCCCACUCUGUAGCCUCUGACUUUUCGCCUGGUCUGUGUCGCCAGAGAUGGCCUCCGCUGUGAGAGGGGAAGGUGCCUGCUGACCUGCUGCUGGGUUUGGACUCCAGCGUGGCGCCCCGAGACGUGCGCCUGGUCUCCCUGGGUGUGUCACUUCCUCAGAAGCAGACUGAGGAAGAGCGGGAGGUGGGCGACACUUGUUUCCCGGAUGCUUUCUGGGCUCCAUUUCCAGACUAGUCUGAGCUACUUAGACUGCGCCCGUAGGUUCCAAUCUUGUGUCCCAAUCCUCUUUCCAGGUCAGGCCUCACCCCUGCGCUGCCCUGUGUUCCUACCCCUCUCUUCCCUAGCCUGUACCCCUACCUCCCCACUAGCUAGGGGACCCCUGCUGCUGCUUUACCUUGCCCAGGAAGGACCACACCUCUCCAGAGCAGGGACCAGUCGUGAGGAUGAUAAAGGAGUGAGACGUCAGCUUAAGACACCCCAGCCCCCAGGUCACACCGAAAGUGACGGCCAUCCCAGAACUAAUUUAUUUUUUAUU